AUGGGAAACAGUAUUAUUAAAUUUUUAAUUAGAUAUUUGUGGAAUAGAAGAAGAUAAAAAACAUAGCUUAUAAUCUGAAUCAAAAGUUAUAAAUACAAGAACUAUUAAUUAAACAACUAUUUAAAUAUUAUAAGCUGAUAUUGUAGAAGAAUUAGUAGAUGUUGUAGGUACAUUUUAAACUCUUUAUUAGUGAAUUCUUCUCAUGAACCAGACUGGUUUUAUAUAUCAAAACGGUAAUUAAUAUAAUUAUCUAUUGAUUAGAGAUAAAAAUAAAAAAGCAAAUGAGCUUCUCUAACAAAGUAUUAAUGUUACUCUAUAAUAAUAAUAGUGAAUAUUGGAGAUUUAAUAAUAACAAGCGCAGAAAAUGUCAAUUCUGUUCAAAUCUUUCAUGUAAGAUAGCCAUUUUAUUAAGUAAUACAAUAUUCUUAAAACAUAGGAUGCCAAAGAUUUACUACAAAUAUUCAAUGUCUAUAAAUAAUUUUUACAAUAGAAAGGACAUAAGACUAUAUCAUUUACUGAAUAGAACACACCAAAUUUUUAAAUACCAAAAUAAUUUCAUGCUGAAAUUUUUAUAAGAGCUAUUCUUUCGUAAUUUGGUUUAUUAAAUAUUAGAGCAAUUUAAGAAGUUGAUAUAAAAUUUUAAUUGAUUAAAUUUUUUAGUUUAAAUUAAUUGACUCUUAAAUAUUUUUCUUAUGAGUUAAUGAAAUAAUUAGAUGAAUUAAAAAUUCCAUAUUUAAACUGCGAUAUCAAUAAUUACUUAAUUUUUUCUGUAUAAAAUUGAUUAUAAUAUAUAUUUAGAAAAUGGAGAAGAUACUCAAUAAGAGGUCUAUUUUUUGA